UUAAAAAAAAUAAUUAAAUGGUUGAAAACUUGAAACUUGGACAAGGUUUAGUUUGUUUUAGUUUCAUAAAACUUAAAAUGGAAAAUGAUGCACUAGAUGAUUGUGAGGAAGAAAUUUUGGUGUAUCUUGAAUUCAAGGACAGUGUUAAUAUCGAAAAAUACAGAAAUAUUCACAUAUUGGGUAUUGAUAGUAAAAAUCCAAUUGUACAAAUGGAUGAUACUUUCUAUAUUGGAAAGUAUGACAACCCUUUUGGUACAUAUUUGUUUUUUGAAGAAGAUCCAUCACCGAAUACUGAUGACCCACUGUUUGAUAGAUUGUCUGAAAAAAAUUUAAAAUACGUUUGCAAAACAAGAAAAUGUAUACAGAUGCAACAUGCUUAUGUGUCUCCUAAGGAGGGUGAAGACUGUGUACCUGGCAAUCAAUCCAACAAAAUAGAUGAUGACGUAAAGGCUGUCAAUUUUAAAACCGUUCAAGAAGCAAUAAAUACAUUUAAAACUGAAUACCGAGAUAAAACACUAGAACCAAUUUUAAUAGAUUAAAUUUAAAGAAUAACAGAUAAA